AUGGAGGCAGAGGAUGCUCCAGGGACAGUGGCAGUGGCAGCGGCGGAGAAGCUUCCAGACGCUCCAGAGGCGGAGCAGGCAAAGGUGCAGGCGGCUCAGGCUGUGGCUGAGACGGUUGUUGUGUCUCCGGUUCAGCAGGAGUUGGCAAAUGGCUCUAGUGGAGAGCUGCCUGAGGUUUCACCACGGGAAGCUCCUAAGGUGCAUGCGGGUGUUGCGCCUGAGUCUAUGCCAGCUCUGGCUGAGCCGGUUGAGCUUCAGCCAGGUUCGACCACGCCGCAGCCGCCAGUUCCAUCGCUUGGCGGUCCUGAGAUGCCUUUGGACAUGUCGGAGAGGAAGCCAGAAGUUCAUGAUGAUGAGGCUAUGACAAAAGGCGGCAAAGAUGCAGAUUUAGACCAAAGCGGAGAACACGCUGAUGCUGACCUGGAGGAGCCUGAGGAAUCAUCAUGUCCUGAAGAUGUUGAUGGUGGUAGUGAUGCUGGCGAUGAUUCCCAAGUUGAGGCUGAUCAGGAUCAGGCUGUUAAGGCAAAGCCGAAAUCUCAACCAAAAGGCCGAGCAUCCAAAAGGGAUGCAGCCGAAGUUGAUGCUAAGCAGACAAGCAUCACAGAAGCCCUGACUGCAAAACGCAGCAGGAAGGCUUAG